AUGCUACGAUGGCGUCAAUUCUUACGGCCCUUACAUUUGGGACAUCGUCUUCCUUUUAGAGCACUGCAUACUGCGCAAGACGCCGGCCUCUCCCCCGUUUUACUCACUCGAGCCCGAUUACUUGCUGCUGAACACACGCGGCUGACGGAUAAGCUGUCGGAUUCAUUUGAUACGAAAGUCGCUAAGCGAGCUGGAGAGCUUGCAUCUGUCACGGCAGCUUUGCGAAAGUGGGAAAAUGCCAAUGAGGCCCUUCAAGAAUUGAAGUCUCUUUUACACGAUGACGAGACCGACGAGGAGUUACGGGCUCUCGCAAUGGAGGAUCUAGACUCCACCAGAGAGUCUCUGCCCGCGAUCGCCGACCAGUUGAAAAAGUCGUUGAUCCCCCGUCACCCUUUCGCGGACCUUCCAUGUUUGCUUGAAAUACGGCCCGGAGCAGGAGGUGACGAGGCUGGUCUGUUUGCGUUUGAGCUGUUACGCAUGUACAUAUCAUUCUGCUCCAGAAGGGGGUUGCGGCCGAUCAUACUAAAGCAAGACACGGAGGACGGGCAAGCAGAAGAUCGACUGACCGAGGCGGUAAUUGAAAUUGAAGCCAAUGGCUCCUACGAUAUUAUGCGAACCGAAUCUGGGGUCCAUCGCGUGCAGAGGGUCCCGGCCACCGAAACGAAAGGCCGCACCCACACCAGCGCCGAGGUGAGGGUAAAAAAAAUGCGAGCGGGAGGAGCGGGUGGACAACAUGUGAAUAAAACCGAGUCUGCUAUCCGAUUGACACAUAUACCCACUGGCACCGUGGUGUCCAUGCAAGACGAAAGGUCUCAGCAGGCAAACCGGCGAAAGGCAUGGCAGUUGAGCUCCGUCGAGGUGCCUUGGGGGGGAGUGGCCCGGAUGGGCCGAGGCGAUAAAAUUCGAACAUACAACUUCGGUCAAAGCCGAUGCACAGAUCAUCGAUGUGGGACGACGAUUCACAACCUGGAUGGGGUUUUGGACGGCGGCGACGGCUUAGAGACGGUCAUGGAAAACGUUCGGAGCUGGAUGGUUGACCGAGAGGUCGAAGCCAUGGUAGCUGAAGACUUGGCCAAAGCAAACUUGGAGAAGACGAAGAAGAACGGAGAAAAGAUAGUAACCGGUCUUCUUCCUUGA